UCCAAUCCUUGCCGAGAUCUCUUUUCGGCAGCAUCUUCCUCUCGCGUCAUCUGUUGCUCUUGGGCCUCUCUCUCGCAUGCUAUUCGGACACGCUGCAUCUUUCCGUCUCAUUAUAUUUCUCACUAAACGAGAUAUCAUCUUUCCGAAGUUCGUUCCUAGUAACCGGCACUAGAACGAUAAAAGAUUUCCUUUCCGUUCUGCGAACUUUUUUCUGUGAAAAAAGUUUACCAGAAAGUGUGGUGGUAUUCAGUGGAGGAUUAAACACAGGAUUACCAUAAAAGGAAUGUGUUGUUGUCCAUGUGCUGUUGUGUUCACACGUCGUCCUUCAAGGAUUGUACCGUAUCACCGCGUGAGUCUGUAGCCAACAGUGGAGCCAUCCCGAGUUCUAAAUGGUGCAGCGGAGGUUUAUUUUUACCCAAGGAUUGUCUAUAGCAUACUUUCUUAUGAUAAUAUUUCAAAUGUCUCAAGCUAAAAGUGCCAAAACUAGUCCAGAAAGUCUCUCCUACACAGGUCAAACACAAAACGAAGCUUCAGCCUGUUAUAAUUUCUCAGUAGGUGAUCCCGUGAAGAAAGAAUUUUUUAGUCCAAACUAUCCUAAUCCUUAUCCAAAGAGUGUAACAUGUACACUUCGGAUUACAGCAAAUCCAGGACAAACCAUCACAUUGGACUUCCGGGACAAAUUCCAUUUAGAAAACUCCGCCAACUGUGACUUCGACAGACUGGAAGUACGCGAUGGUGCCUAUGGUUAUUCCCCUUUGCUAGGAAUAUUUUGUGGGAACCAAUUUCCUAAAAAGAUAUUUUCAACAAAGAGGUACAUGUGGUUGAGGUUCAAGUCGGACGAUAGCAUAGAAUAUGACGGCUUUAAAGCUGUUUACGAAUUCAAAGACAUGAAGAACCAAGGUGAAGGUGACAUAGAAAGCGAAAGAGAAUGCUCGUUUAGAAAAAGCGGACCAUCUGGGAUUAUCUUGAAAGAAGAAAUCAAUCAUUUAUAUUCUAAAUACAAAAAAGAUGACAACAUAGAAUGCAUGUGGACAAUUGAAACGGACCCUACAAAGAAAAUAUACGUGCACUUCACUUCCUUUAACCUUGAAAUGCCCAAUAACUGUGAUGAAAACUUUGUGCAAAUAUUUGAAGGCGGACCAAAUCCUGACAAUGUGAUGAUCACUUUCUGCGGUACAACGGCCGAACCUCUAAAGACGAAGGGCAACAUAACACAUAUUCGGCUAUUCACAAGUCACAGAGCAUUCAACAAUACAGAUUUCAAAGUUCAUUUCACGACUUACAGAGAGCUCUCACCUCUAAUUAAGAAUGAUGACUGUGAUGCCAACACAGAAUUUAAUUGUGGUGAUCAGACCUGCAUUGAUCUGUCAUUAAGGUGCGAUGGACAGAAUGACUGCAAAUAUAGAUACGAUGAAGAAAACUGUGAUAAAGCCAUGGGAGCUGCUAUGGUGCUAACCUCAGAGCACAUGAUCAUCAUAUUGGUGGUGUUUUUUUCGUUGGUUAUUGCUAUGUGUGCCUCGAUUUCCAUUUCCUGCUAUAACAAAAUAAAAGAAAGGCAGGUACGAGAACGAGAAUACAAGCAAAGGCGAUCGAAAGAAGCAUCCGUUGAAGCCACAAUUGACCGCAACCUCCGAGGUCAUUCCACCCCCGACAGAAUCAGUGACGUGCAAAAGAGAAUGCCACCACCAGCCGCCACUGCUUCUGUUGCCAACUUCGAACAAGCUGGACCAGGGGGUAGAGCCAUCAGGGACUUCGCCGAUGAUGAAGAGUCGUCUGAUGGUUGUUACGUCCCGGAAGUGGAUCUAAGUGUUUUCAAACACCCCAAUGGUGGAGAAACUAUACCCAAAAAGCCUAGAGCUGCCGCUUACCAGCAACCACCAUAUCCCUACAUUAGCGAGAGUUUCGAAAGCCUUGAGAGUGACGUAAUUGUACCACCAGCUCCACCACCAGUGCCACAACAUAUGAAAGAUCGCCGUGACGUCUCUCCACCACCGCCAACAUAUAGAAUCGUUGGCGGAAAAGUUGUUGCCAAUCCUGCUAAAAAUGAACCAACUUUAGAACGAAUGCAAAAGCAACCUUUAGGAUCUAGCAGAUCUACUCUAGACAGUAAAGGUGGUAGUAGUUAUGGACGUUGGCCGCCAGAUAGUCGUCCUAGUUCUACUAAACCAGCUUCUGGACCAGCUCCUUACACUGGUUUCAAAUACCCAGAGAAACCAGAAACUUCUAUGAAGCCAGAAAAAGACACGCCUGGACCAAUAGAUAAAUCGAAUUGGCUAAGGGGCCCAUUGGAAGCUGGUGUUCCGAGGUCUGCUUUCUCUCGUUCACCGGGAGAGAUUGGCCUCCCUAAAUUCGGAAUGGCUAGAGUCACUCCUGAUGGACCUAGAGGACCACUUGCCUCAGCCAAGACAGCGCCCACAUCAGAAAAGGGUGUACCUUUAGCAACAUUUAGGAGUCCAUAUGAAGAUGCUCCCUAUGGUCGAGGUGGUUACCGCCCACCCGCUGUUAGGAAUUACGCAGCUCGUAACAAUCCAGAAAUAGAAACUAUGAAGACGCAGGCUAGUAUCGAAACAGGUGACAAAGACUCAAUGAGAGCACAAAGCGCCGCAUCCACUUUGUCGGCUCCCGAUGUUAUAGCUAAACGUUGACUUUGACUUGUUUAUUAAGAGAUCUCAAGCACAAAGCUAGUCAAAUUAUGACUGUGUUGAAAGACGAACUUUCUGCCCACCGUUGGCAGUGGAAGUUUUCACACUGCAUUACACAAUCGGACUUUUUCAUCGCUCCUUCUUGGUUAUCACAAACUUCGGUAGUGCAUUACACAAUCGGACUUUUUCAUCGCUCUUUCCUGAAGAUCACAAACUUCGGUAGUGCAUUACACAAUCGGACUUUUUCAUCGCUCCUUCCUGAAGAUCACAAAUUUCAGUAGUGCAUUACACAAUUGAACUCUUUCAUCGCCCCUUCCUGAAUAUCAUAAACUUCAGUAGUGUAAAUUACCUCUUAAUUUUCAUUUUAUUUUUUAAACAUCAAGUCUUCCUGGCCCAUUUCACUAUAAAGACUCCAUUCAUCGCAGAGACAUUGGUCGAACUCUCAAAGUUCGAUAGAUGCUUCGUACAUUCGUACGUUGUACUCAGGCAGCAAACUUUUUACUUCUUUUUAAAUACGUUCUUAGUUCUUGUAGUUAAUGUCCAAUGCGUCGUUUAGUGUCAGUUGUUAAAUAAUUUCUUACCAAAUAUCAUAUGUGUCUUAAAGAGUAAUAUACCAGCAAACGAAGCUGAGGAACUAACUAUUCAUCAUGAUUUGAACAACCCAAUGAAUAGGUGUUUGAACAAUGAACUAUGCUGUGUACAUGAGAUAAAUAUUUUGAAAAUAUUUGAAUCAAGCAAUGUCUUUAAUGUGCGAUACUAAUUGUUAUUGAGUGGAGAUGUUUGCAAGAUUGUUGCGAUUGUUGCGCAGGAUGACGAAAGCGGAAUUGAAUACUGCCGUUGCUAGAUAAAUGAAUACAAGGUUGUACUUGUUUGAUUAAACAUCCACCAGCAAAGUGGUUCAACGAUGACUACAAAACAAAUUUAUUUAUUAGUAAUAAUAAUGUUUACAUUUAUAUAUUCUGAUGUUUAUUAUGCUAUUUUCGGUGCAGAUAACUCUCUCACCAAUCAAAAUGUUAACAACUUAGAAGUUUUAUGUGUACAUUAUUUUAAUAAAAGAAACCUUUAAAUGAUA